AUGUUCAACACGCUCGAGUCAAUGAUGCGCCUCGAUUACCCGAACUACGAGGUAAUUUUUGCGCUGCAGGACCCGAAUGACGAGGCGCUCCCCGUCGUGCGCAUGGUCAUGGAGAAGAACCCGGACGUCGACGCGCGGGUUAUCAUUAGUGAGUUCCCCCACCCCCGACUCAUGAUCCAGAGGUCGCCGGAAGGACGCUGGAAGAGAUUUACCUCUUGGAAAGGCAUUGCUGACAGAGUAGACCCCGAAAAAGUCGGCGUCAACCCCAAGGUCAACAACCUAAUGGCGCCAUUCCGGGAGGCGAAGCACGACCUUCUGUGGGUUGUCGAUGCCACGAUUGCAGUGACGCCGGGCGUGCUGGGCCGGAUGGUCGAGGCGUUCCUCGACUCGCCGGACCAGAGCACCAACAUCAACGACGUAGAGUCCCAUCCCUUAAUUGCUGACGAGGAGCGUCCGCCCCCGACUGCCGGCCAGGUCGGUCUCGUCCACCAAGUCCCCUAUGCUGUCGUGUACGAGAAGACGUGGGGAAGCCUGAUCGAGCAGGCGUACCUCAACUCGACUCAUGCCAAGAUGUACCUCAGCAUUGUGAGUGGCACCAAAACAGAGACAGCUGUCGAUUCCAGCGGAGCUGACAUCCAGAACGCGGUCGCGAUCGAGUCGUGCGUCGUGGGCAAGUCGUGCAUGUACUCUCGCUCCAACAUUGGCGACAUCGUCACCCCCUCCCCGACACUGCGCAAGCUCGACCCCCCGCCGAAAGGACUCGCAGGCUUCGGCCCCUUCAUGGCCGAGGACAACAUGAUCGCGCUCUCAGUCUGGCACGACCUGAAGCUGAAGCACCGGAUGGUGCCCGAUGUGGCGUUGGAUUUCCUCGGCGCCCUCGACGUGCGCGGGUACAUUGACCGCCGGGCGCGUUGGAUCCGAGUCCGCAAGAUGAUGACGCUGCCCGCCACGCUGCUUGAGCCAUUCACCGAGUCCCUCGUUGCUGGCAUUUAUGGCGCAUGGGCGUUCGGACGGCUGACACACGGCGCACUGCCCGGGUGGCUCUUCUUUGUCCUCAACGAGGUGCUCUGGCUCCUCGUCGAUCUCGAUGUGAGGCGGAAUCUCGCGACGAAUGUGAGGCAUAUCGGCCCACAACCCACCACUGCGGCUUUCAUCGCGGCGUGGGCGGCGAGAGAGAUCCUCGCCCUCCCCAUCUGGACAUACGCCAUGCUCGGGUCGACGGUCAUGUGGCGCGGGAACCGGUAUCGCAUCCUCGCGAGCGGCGAGGCGAAGCGCGUCGAUUAG